CUCCUCCUCCACACGAGCAACGAAGAUGGCGCAGGACGGUACGGUGCCCAGCGAUCUCUUCCAGCAUGUGUACUCGUUUCUCGUGGAAAAUAAGUUCGCCAAAGCCGCGAAAGAGUUUUUAAAGAAGGCUAAAGUGAAACCUCAAGAUCAAAAUGAGGACAGUCUCUUGGACAUCUUCAAUUUUUGGGUGAAGUCUCCAGAAACCAAAAAGCGUAAAGCAGUCACCAGUGGCCCUUCGGCGGUCAACGGCCCAUCAGCCAAGAAAGCAAAGAAAGAUGCGGUGAGUUCAAGUAGUGAGGACUCCAGCAGUGAAGAGGAAGCUGCAGCACCUGCCAAGAAAGUCGUACAAGCGAAAGCUCCUGUUUCAAAGAAGCCAGCAGCUGUAGCUGCUAAAAAGAGCAGCAGCUCUGAAGACUCCAGCGACUCGGAGGAUGAAGCUCAGGCUAAAACAGCAGCAAAGAAGCCUGCAGCUGUGAAACCUGCUGCAGCAGCAGCCAGGAAGAAAGACACCAGUUCCAGCAGCGAGGAGUCCGACUCUGACGAGGAGCCGGCCAAAACUCCAGCUAGAGGAGCAAAGGCCAAGCCUGUGGCAGGGACCCCCAAACCGGCGUCCACUCCAGUGUCUGCAGCUCAGAAGAAACAGGACAGUAGCAGCAGUGAGGACAGCUCUAGUGAAUCUGAGGAUGAGGCUCCAGUUAAGACAGCAGUAAAAGCACCAGUCCCAGUGAAGACCCCUCCAGCUAAACCUGUGGCUCCUGCAGAGUCCAGCAGUGAGGAGUCAUCCUCCGAUGAGGAAGAUGCCCCUCCUACUAAGAAACCCAAGACUGGACAAUUCAAUGCCGUACCACCCCCGGGAACACUGACAGCUCGUGCUCCAGUCAAAGCUCCUGCAGCUCCAGUUAAGACUGUGACUCCCAAAGCUACUGCUAAGAAGGACUCAUCCAGUUCUGACAGCUCUGAUUCAAGUUCAGAGGAUAAAGCAAAGAAACCAGCUGCUAAAACUGCUCCAGCUAAAGCAGCCCCAGCUAAGAAAGCACCUAAAAAAGUCGCUCAUGCUCAGAAAAAGGACUCUUCAAGUUCCGAUUCUUCAAGCUCAGAGGACGAAGCAGCAAAGCCUGCUGUCAAAGGCACACCUGCAAAAGCGGCAUCUGCUAAAUCUACACCUGCAAAAGCUGCAUCUGCUAAAUCUACACCUGCAAAAGCUGUAUCUGCUAAAUCUACACCUGCAAAAGCUGCAUCUGCUAAAUCUACACCUGCAAAAGCUGUAUCUGCUAAAUCUACACCUGCAAAAGCUGCAUCUGCUAAAUCUACACCUGCAAAAGUCACCCCGGCUGCAGACAAGGCUUCAUCUUCUAGCUCUGAAGACUCGGGCGAUGAGGAGGCGGCCAAGAAACCAGCAGCUAAAGCUGUCCCAGUUAAACCUGCGCCAGCCAAGAAAAUGCCAGCUAAAGUCAAGCCCACUGCAAAAGAAUUGUCAUCAUCUAGCUCUGAGUCUGAGGAAGACAAACCCGCCACAAAACCAACCCCAGCCAAGGCUGCUCCUGCUAAAGCUGCUCCUCCAAAGACGACCCCUGCUAAGAAAGAUGAUUCUUCAAGUUCAGAUUCAGACAGCUCUGAAGAUGAGGCACCAGCUAAACCAGCAGCUAAGUCCAAGCCUUUGAGCACUCCUAAACCUGCAGCCAAGCCCGCCGAAUCCAGCUCUGACUCGGACAGCUCUUCAGAUGAAGAACCUCAAAAGAAACCUGCCGGCACACCGGUAUCCAAACCUGCUACCCCAGCAAAACCUGCCCCAGCCAAACCAACUCCUGCAGCCAAACCAACUGGUAAACCAGCGGCAAGCAGCUCGGACUCAGACAGCUCUUCAAAUGAUGAGGAACCUCAAAAGAAAGCCGUCACCACACCGGUAUCCAAACCUGGUACCCCAGCUAAACCUGCAGUUGCAGCUAAACCAGCUGAUAGUAGUUCUGACUCUAAAACCGACAGCUCUGACUCUGAACAUGAGACUCCGGCUGCUAAGAAAGCUAAACCAGCAGCAGCUACUGCUACUAAGAGCCCUGCUUCUGCCUCCAAACCACCUGCUCCAGCCAGUAAGAAUGCAGCUGAGUCCAGCAGCAGUGAUUCAGGCAGUUCCAGUGAAGACGAGAAGAAAGUAAAGACUACUGUGACACCCAAAGCAGCAGCAACUAAGCCGGCCGUGACUCCAGUUAGCGCGAAGAAAGCCGAGAGCAGUAGCUCAGACUCUGAGACAGAGGCUAAGAAGACUCCCGCCAAGCCUGCAGUCACCAACAGAAAGGCUGCUACAACAAAAACACCCACCUCAGCAGCGAAGACGCCAGCUAAAAAGACAGCAAAGCCUUCAUCCUCGAGUGACAGCAGUUCUGAUGAAGAGGAGUCUCCUAAAACACCAGCUGUGAAGACACCACCUGCUACAAAAGCACAGGCUGCUAAGGCCAAAGCAGACAGCAGCUCGUCUGAGGACUCUUCAUCUGAAGAAGAAGAGGAGACGACGGCGACACCCAAGACUCCUGUCACAACAAACGGCACAAAGAGCAAAAAAAAGGGCAAAGAGGAAGAAACGACAACACCCAAGAAUGAAAUCACCACAUCCACACCUCAGACUUUUCCCAGAACCAAACAGAAGGAAAGCAAUGCUCCUUUUCGUAGAGUAAGAGACGAGGAAAUUGAGCUGGACCCCCGCCUGUCAAACAAUUCAUUCGAUGCAAAGAUGGGAGCCAACGGUGACUGGGGCCAGAAAGCCAACAAUGUGCUUAAAUUUACCAAGGGCAAAUCUUUCCGGCAUGAGAAGACCAAGAAGAAGCGUGGCAGUUAUAGAGGCGGUGCAAUCUCCACCUCAGUGAACUCCAUUAAGUUUGACAGCGACUGAGAUUACAAACGAAAUGAACCUCUAUAUCCGUAUCCGUCUUUCGCGUUUGGGGCUAUAUCAGCUCUAAAAAGCACUGUUUUGAGCCGUCUACCCUCUGUUCCUGCACAGCUGACACCGCUCUGCUAUGUGUUGGACACUGACUGAAGGCGGCAGGAAUCGAGGGCUUGGUGAGGCGUAUGUAUGUAUGGCAGUCAUUUUUUUACACUCUUAUCUUUCAUGCAGUUAGACACCACAUGGUGGCGCCAAGUCAUUGCGUUUAGGUUUUUUUCAUUAGUUUAUGUAAAAUAUGGUUUUGGCUUUACUGUAAAAUGUUUCUUAAAGUUGGCUUGACAAAUUAUAUACGGUUGUCCUUAACAGGUAAUUUGUUAAUAUAAUAAGAGAAUCACUCCGUCAUUUCUAGUAUGUGUUAAUGAAAUGUCAAUAUGGUUGCGUUAACGUUUUAUGAGCCUGUGUAUCUUGAGCCUGGUGAUUUGUCUUAUUUGAAGAUGAAGCUGUUGUUAAUGACUCCGCCCACUUCUGUUUGACAGACACUGGGAGACCACCCUUAAAAUAACACAUGAAUCGUCCUCGUUUGGUUUUAGUUUGAAUAUUUUAUGGUUUCAUAUGUUACGCAGGAUUUUGUAAUUUGGUCUCCUUUAUGAUCAGUCUUAUAACUGUAAUUAAAACAUGGACUGAAACUCAA